AUGCUGAAGGCCCAUCUACCCGGCGUGGCGGUGUGGGCCUACGGCUCGCGCGUAAAGGGCAACGCCCGGCCUUACUCAGACCUGGACCUUGUGGCGUUCACCGAGGCGGGACACGCGUCCCAGUUGAACGCUUUGCGAGAGGCUUUUGAGGACAGCGAUCUGCCCUUUCGCGUGGACCUGUUUGCCUGGCCCGAAACACCCCCGUCAUUCCAUUCCCAGAUCCUGAAGGAUCACGCGGUGCUGCAACAGGGAACAGAGUAG